UCUGAACGCGACCAAUUUAAACGUCAAAAUUAAAAUUAUAAAAAAAAUGUAAUCAACUUUAUUUUGUUUUCGAUAAAAUUAUUAUAAUUUUCUAACUACCAAAAAAAUUCGCAUACAAAAAUUGUUAACUAAAAAUGUUAAAGUGCAUUCUAUGCUCCCAUCAAAUAAACUCAAAUUUGGGUUACUACAAUAUUGGUGAUACCAUCAUUCAGUACUCCAAAAAAACAAUCAAAAGCAUCCUCAUGCAUUUGUCCAAAUGCAUACAAACAGAUCACUGUUUUGAAGAUAGUUCUUGCAUUUGUAAUCCCUGCUAUGAUAAAGUAGUAGAAUACGAUCAAAUAAUGAUUCGACUCCUCAAUUGCCAAAAAGAAUUAUCCAAAAUGCUUGAAAAUUCUUUAAAAGUCUUGGAUGAAACUCAAGACAAUCAAAACGAUUAUGAAGAACUUGAGGAAGAUCAAAAUAUAAAAGAAGAAAAUCAAAAUAUAAAAACUGAAGAAUCUGAUAGCAAUAAUUCGUUUAAUAAUGAUACUAACGAUAAUCAAAAUGAUUCCGAUCCAGAAUCAUCCAUAUCCGAACGUUUAACACAUUCUUUUGAUUGCACAAUUUGUGACAAAAGUUUAAAAAGCAAAACAUCACUCAAGAAUCAUCUUGAGUCCCAUGCUACGGCUGUUAAAUGUAAAAUAUGUGGAGCAUUGCGCAAAGACGAGGAAUACCUCGAACUGCACAUGAAUGUCCACGAAGGCAAAACUGAAAAUGAUUGCCGUUAUUGCCCUAAACGAUAUUCCCGCCGUGCCAAUGUAAUUCGUCACAUGCAUUUGCAUUGGGAUAAAAAGAAAUUCCAAUGUGAAAAAUGUGGUUUGCGAUUUUCACAAGCUAACAUUCUUUAUAAUCACAAAUUGGUGCAUGACGCUGAAGAACAACCUUUAAUAUGCAAUGUAUGUCAGCAAAGUUUUAAAUCAAAGAAAACAUUUAGGCAUCAUAUGAUUACGCAUCGAGAAGAUCGACCAAUGCAUACUUGUGAAGUUUGUGGCAAGAGGUUCACGGAAAGGUACACUCUUAAAAUGCAUUUAAAAACACAUAUGAAUUGCGAUGAUGGUGUGGAAGUAGAACCUCCGAAGAAAGUAGUUGCUCCACCAAAACAGUUUCCGUGUAUAAUAUGUUCGAAAGUUCUGGGAACGUUGGAGAGCCUUGAAAGUCAUAGAGCUAAAGUACAUGAUGUUAUUUCUUCGGAUAGUUUUUUUCAUAAUAAUUUUUGUUAAAUAAUUUUAAAAUUUUUCAUUAAUCUUGUUAUCAAUUAGUUUUGUAUUUCUGAUAAUAUGUACAUUUGUGUGAAUAAAAAAAUAACCAUAAAUUGACUCAAUAGAAAAACGGCUUAGAUUGAUUUCAUUGACAUU